CUAAACCUUAGGUAAUCCCUGUGAGUGAGACAAACCAUUUUCCAUAGAAAUGGAGGGUGUCAAAACCAAGCCCCUUCUUCACACACUUACGUUCUCCCCUCUCAUUGCCCCAAACCGGGUUUUCGCGGUAGUUUACACGUGUGCCAUUUUGGCUCUCCUCUAUCACCAUGCAAUCACAGUCUUCCACUCCACCACCUUACUCUCCUUCUCCAUCUCCAUCACCUUAUUAAUCUCCGAUGUAAUUUUAGGGUUCAUGUGGGCUGCCAUGCAGUCUUUUCUCAUGAAUCCAGUCCAUCGCCAAGUUUUCCCGGAAAAUCUUGAGAAAGUCAUGAAAGAAAAUGAUUUUCAAGCUUUGGACAUAUUUAUAUGCACUGCAGAUCCGUAUAAAGAGCCACCGAUGAGUGUCGUGAACACGGCCUUAUCGGUCAUGGCUUAUGAUUACCCGACUGAGAAACUUUCGGUCUAUGUAUCGGACGAUGGAGGCUCUGCCAUGACUCUCUUUGCUUUCAUGGAAGCUGCUAAGUUUGGAAGCCACUGGUUACCCUUUUGCAGGAGGAACAAGUUAGUAGACAGAUGCCCCGAUGCAUAUUUUAGAUCAAGCCAUCAUCAGAGCUCUGAGGCUGAGCAAAUUAAGAUGAUGUAUGAAAGCAUGAAGGCAAGGGUGGAGAAUGUAGUUGAGAAAGGGAAGGUUGGGGAUGAGUACAUCACUAACCAACAACAACGUGAGGCUUUCAACAAAUGGACUUCUCAAGGAUUUACUCGCCAAGACCAUCCUACUGUUAUUCAGGUUUUGUUGGAGAUUGGGAGAGACAAAGACAUCACAGGCGAAUCAAUGCCAAAUCUUAUCUAUGUAUCCAGACACAAAAGCAAAACGUCCCCACAUCACUUUAAGGCUGGUGCUCUCAAUGCCCUUGUUCGAGUAUCAGGAAUCAUGACAAAUGCUCCUAUAAUCCUGACCCUAGAUUGUGACAUGUAUUCCAAUGAUCCCCAAACGCCUCACCGCAUGUUAUGUUUCUUCUCGGACCCUAAACUUAGGCCCAAUUUAGGGUACGUUCAGUUUCCUCAGAUCUUUCAUGGGCUCAACAAGGACGAUAUUUAUGCUUGUGAGUUUAAACGUGUGUUCCAAACCAAUCCUACGGGACUGGACGGUCUGCUAGGCCCAAGUCAUGUUGGGACUGGAUGCUUUUUCUCUCGCCGAGUUUUUUUUGGAGGCCCAUCAUCUUUUCUGGCUCCCGAAAUCCCCGAAUUGAGGCCGGACCAUGUGGUAAGCAAGCCCAUCCAAGCAAAACAAGUAUUGGCAUUGGCACACCAGGUUGCAGAUUGCAAGUAUGAGAACCAGACCAAUUGGGGUUCCAAGUUGGGCUUCAGAUAUGGGUCACUGGUGGAGGACUACUAUACUGGUUAUAGGCUGCAAUGUGAGGGGUGGAAGUCUGUGUUUUGCCAUCCAAAUAGAGCAGCAUUUUUAGGGGAUGUACCCAUAACCCUCAAUGAUGUCCUAAGUCAAACCAAGAGAUGGUGUGUGGGCCUACUUGAGGUGAGCUUCUCCAAAUAUUGUCCAUUAACUUUUGGUUCCAAGGCUAUGGGGCCUCUAAUGGGUCUUUGCUAUGCACACUAUGCUUUCUGGCCCAUUUGGUCAAUUCCAAUCACCAUAUAUGCUUUCCUCCCUCAGCUCACUCUCCUCAACGGAAUCUCCAUCUUCCCUAAGGUUUCGGAUAACUGGUUUUUCUUGUACAUUUUUCUAUUUAUUGGGAGCUAUGGACAAGAUUGUCUUGACUGCAUCUUAGCCAAAGGAACAUUUCAAAGGUGGUGGAGUGAUCAAAGGAUGUGGAUGGUGAGGGGAGUCACAUGUCACAUGUUUGGAUUAAUAGAAUUUGUAUCGAAGUACUUAGGCAUUGCCACACAGGGAUUCAAUGUCACCAGCAAAGUAGUAGACAAUGAACAGGGCAAAAGGUAUGAUCAAGGGACAUUUGAGUUCGGAGUUGAGUCGCCCAUGUUUGUGUCACUAGCAGUAGCAGCAAUAAUCAAUUUAAUCGCGUUUGUUGGAGGGUUGAUCGGAGUUUUGAGGGGCAAGAACUCAGAGGGACUGUUUGGUCAAUUGUUGAUUUCAGGUUUUGUGGUGUUAAAUUGUUGCCCAGUUUAUGAGGCUAUGGUGUUGAGGACUGAUAAAGGAAGGAUGCCUACUAAGACUACCAUCAUUUCCACAUUUCUUGCAUGGGCUCUAUACACAGCAGCUUCUCUUAUCCUAAAGAUGUGAAAUUAAAGGGGGGGGUUAUAUUGUUUUACUUUUCAUUUUAUAGAAAAUGAAGAGAUAGAGAACUUGAAUUGCAUGUAAUCCUGAUUAACUAGGGACAUAAUUUGGGGAAUACUGGUUUAUUGUAAACUACGUGAUUUUGUCGGCAUUAUUGCCUAUUUAAGAUUGUGUUUGGCCUUGUGAUUCAUAAUAAAAUAAAA